UUCAAUAGAAAACUUAACUGGGUCAGUUUACGACCAAUCUUUGUUUUUUUUUCUUCCUCAAAACUCCCCAACGUUCUUUAAUUCCCUACAAAGAUUAGCUGAGAUCUGAAACAAUUUUUUCCACUGAAUUCACCAGAUCAAAUCCUCUGCAUAUUUUUGUAUUGUGAUUGCUGAAAUCAUACAAGGAUUUUAAAAAAAAUGGUACUUGUAGCAGCGGUGAGGGACUAUAUCAAUCGCAUGUUGCAAGACAUUUCUGGGAUGAAAGUCCUCAUUCUUGAUUCCUCUACGGUUAGUUCUGUUAGUGUUGUGUACUCUCAGUCAGAACUUCUGAAGAAGGAGGUGUUCCUGGUGGAGCUGGUAGAUUCUAUUGCCAUGUCCAAGGAAUCCAUGUCACAUCUUAAAGCAGUUUAUUUUUUGAGGCCAACAUCAGAGAAUAUCCAGCAUAUGCGUCGUCAACUAGCUAAGCCACGAUUUGGAGAAUAUCACCUUUUUUUCUCCAAUAUUUUGAAAGAUACUCAACUUCAUAUGCUAGCCGAUUCAGAUGAGCAUGAAGUUGUCCAGCAGUUGCAGGAAUUUUAUGCAGAUUUUGUUGCAUUGGAUGCUUACCAUUUCACGUUAAAUAUUGCCGCAAACCACAUGUAUAUGCUCCCAGCAGUUGUAGAUCCAUCAGGAUUGCAGCAGUUCUGUGAUCGAAUUGUUGAUGGAAUUUCUGCAGUUUUCCUGGCGUUAAAGCGAAGGCCUAUUAUUCGAUAUUCAAGGACAUCUGAUAUUGCGAAAAGAAUAGCACAUGAAGCUUCUAAGCUGAUGUACCAGCAGGAGAGUGGCCUUUUUGAUUUCAGAAGAACAGAAGUGUCUCCAUUGUUGCUAAUAAUUGAUAGGAGGGAUGACCCCGUGACUGCACUGCUUAAUCAGUGGACUUAUCAGGCAAUGGUUCAUGAGUUGAUAGGUAUUCAAGAUAAUAAGGUCAACCUGAAAAACGUUGGCAAGUUGCCAAAAGAUCAACAGGAGGUUGUACUGUCAUCUGAGCAAGAUGCAUUUUUCAAAGCAAAUAUGUAUGAGAACUUCGGAGAUAUUGGAAUGAAUAUUAAGAAAAUGGUGGACGACUUCCAACAAGUGGCAAAAAGUAACCAGAAUAUCCAGACGAUAGAGGACAUGGCUAAAUUUGUAGACAACUACCCAGAAUACCGAAAAAUGCAAGGGAAUGUUUCUAAGCAUGUGACACUGGUUACGGAAAUGAGCAAAAUAGUUGAAGAGCGAAAACUCAUGUUGGUUUCACAGACAGAACAAGAAUUGGCUUGCAAUGGUGGACAAGGGGCAGCAUUCGAGGCUGUGACAAAUCUAUUGAAUAAUGAUAAUAUCUCUGAUGUUGACCGCCUGCGCCUUGUCAUGCUGUACGCCUUGCGCUAUGAGAAGGAGAGUCCUGUUCAACUCAUGCAGCUAUUCAACAAAUUAGCAUCUCGGUCUCCCAAGUAUAAGCCUGGGCUAGUGCAAUUCCUUCUAAAGCAAGCAGGAGUUGAUAAGAGAACUGGGGAUCUGUACGGGAACAGAGAUCUUCUGAACAUUGCACGUAACAUGGCUCGUGGGCUCAAGGGGGUUGAGAAUGUGUAUACCCAGCAUCAACCGCUUCUAUUCCAAACUAUGGAGAACAUCACCAGGGGUCGACUGAGAGAUGUGGACUACCCUUAUGUAGGAAAUCACUUUCAGCAAGCAAGGCCACAGGAAGUGGUGAUUUUCGUUGUUGGUGGGACAACAUAUGAAGAGUCACGUUCGGUUGCUCUGCAGAAUUCUACGAACUCUGGGAUUCGUUUUAUACUUGGUGGUUCUUCCCUUCUAAAUUCUAAAAGAUUCUUGAAGGACCUUGAAGAAGCUCAGAGAAUCGCUCGUAUAAGCACCAAUAUGAUUUGAAUUUUGGACUCUACAGUACCUUGUGAAAAUCUGAAAAAUAGAAACGCAGGUAAAAUCUACAUUCAGCUUGCUAUCACUGUAAUCAUUGUACAA